CGCCAUCUCAAAACCAUGGCAUCGACUUCGCCGUUCCGCGACCCAAUACCCGACAUUGAUAUUGACAGCAUCAUCGAGCGCCUUCUCGCAGUGCGAGGCAGCCGGCCGGGCAAAGCCGUGCAGCUGGGCGAAGACGAGGUGCGCGGGCUGUGUCUCAAGGCGCGCGAGAUCUUUGUGCAGCAGAGCAUCCUGCUCGAAAUCCAGGCGCCGCUCAAGGUCUGCGGCGACAUCCAUGGACAAUACUACGAUCUGCUGCGCUUGUUCGAGUACGGCGGAUUGCCGCCAGAAUCCAACUACCUCUUCCUCGGCGACUACGUCGAUCGUGGGCGGCAGUCGCUCGAGACGAUCUGCUUGCUGCUCGCCUUCAAGAUCAAGUACCCAGAGAACUUUUUCCUGCUGCGUGGCAACCACGAGUGCGCCAGCAUCAACCGCAUCUAUGGCUUUUACGACGAGUGCAAACGUCGGUACAGCGUGAAAAUCUGGAAGACGUUUACCGACUGCUUCAACUGCCUGCCCAUCGCCGCCAUCAUUGACGAGAAAAUCUUUUGCUGCCACGGCGGCUUGUCACCAGACCUGCAGUCCAUGGACCAGAUUCGUAAAAUCCAGCGACCAACCGACGUCCCAGACACGGGCUUGCUCUGCGACCUGCUGUGGUCGGAUCCAGACAAGGACGUUGCGGGCUGGGGUGAGAACGAGCGCGGCGUGUCCUUCACGUUCGGCCCCGAGGUUGUGUCCAAGUUCCUGCUCAAGAUGGACUUGGAUUUGAUCUGCCGUGCCCACCAGGUCGUCGAGGACGGCUACGAGUUUUACGCCAAGCGGCAACUGGUGACACUAUUCUCAGCCCCCAACUACUGCGGUGAAUUCGACAAUGCCGGUGCCAUGAUGAGUGUAGACGACACUCUCAUGUGCUCGUUCCAAAUUCUCAAGCCAGCGGAAAAGAAAACAAAGUACGCGUACAACGGCCCAAGCAACGGAGACAGGCCAAUGAAGCCACCGCGCAAUUCAAAGAAGAAGGACGAUGCUUGAACUUGACAUUGCCGUUCUUGUUGCCGUUUUGUUUGUUCGAUGGCGCUCGGCACAAUCGAAACUUGACGAGUUUCAAAUUGAUGGUGUUUUCUCAGGUGUUGUCGUUGCUUGUCUUGAUCUUGUAACCACUGUCAAAUGCGUGGUUGUUGUUGUUGCUGUUGUUGUUGUUUCUGCUUUGUACAUCUUCUAACCUUGGUGCUCUGUUGUGUUUGCUUCUGUGAUGACGGGUACUGCGUGCUCGCAACACGUUUUGUUGACAAUCUAACUUUUAGCCUCUUCUUCCGCACAAUUUGCGUUUUUGCGAUUGACAUGUUACACAGCUGUUACGAACACUGAGCAAUUUUUAAAAAAUCCAACACAGCAGCACAUGUU